GGUGAUGGCGGGGUCUCCGGAGUCACUCUCAGGACAGGACGUGGGAUCAUUUGCAUAUCUUACAAUUAAAGAUAGAAUACCACAGAUCUUAACUAAGGCUAUUGAUACAUUGCAUCGACAUAAAAGUGAGUUUUUUGAGAAACAUGGAGAGGAAGGCACCGAAGCGGAGAAGAAAGCUAUCUCCCUUCUUUCUAAAUUACGGAAUGAAUUGCAAACCGACAAACCGAUUACACCUUUGGUGGAGAAGUUUGUUGAUAUGGACAUCUGGAAUCGGUACCUAGAGUACCAGCAGAGCCUCAUGAAUGAAGGUGAUGGGAAACCAAGGUGGUUUUACUCACCGUGGUUGUUUGUGGAGUGCUACAUGUACCGUAGAAUUCACGAAGCGGUUAUGCAGAGCCCACCAAUCAAUGACUUUGAUGUAUUUCAAGAAUCCAAAGAACAGAAUUUCUUUGAGUCACAGGACUCUAUCAUUGCUUUGUGUAGUUACCUGCAAGAGUUGAAGAGAACUGUUGAAGAAUUAGAUGAAGUUCAGCUCAAAAAUGAGUUUUUCAAAUUUCUGCAGGUUGCUCUGUGGGGAAAUAAGUGUGACCUCUCUCUAUCAGGUGGGACAAGUAGUUCGCAGAAGAGCAAUUUAAUGAAUUCUCUGGAAGACCUAAAACCUCUCAUUUUAGUGAAUCACAUGGACCAUCUUUGGUCAUUGCUUAGCAAGUGCAAGAAAACAAGAGAAAACGCACCUAUUAGAGUGGAUAUUGUUCUGGAUAAUUCUGGGUUUGAACUUAUUACAGAUUUAGUAUUAGCUGACUUCCUAUUAGCCUCUAACCUGGCUACUAAGAUCCAUUUUUAUGGAAAAACGAUACCAUGGUUUGUGUCUGAUACUACUAAACAUGAUUUUAAUUGGCUAAUUGAACAAGUAAAACAUUCUGAUGAUAAGUGGAUGUCCAAGUCUGGGGCUGACUGGGAAGACCAUAUUAAGAUGGGCAGGUGGAUCUACCAUGAUCAUAUAUUUUGGACUUUGCCUCACGAGUACUGUGCCAUGUCUCAGGUGGCUCCUGACCUAUAUGCAGAGCUACAGAAGGCAGAUUUGAUUUUAUUCAAGGGCGAUUUGAAUUACAGGAAGUUGACAGGGGACAGGAAAUGGGCGUUUACCAUCCCAUUUCAUCAGGCGCUGAAAGGCUUCCACCCUGCACCUCUCUGCAGCGUGAGAACACUAAAAGCGGAGGUUCAGGUGGGUCUGCAGCCGGGGCAAGGGGAAGAGCUUGCAGCCUCAGAGCCCGGCUGGCUCACCACUGGCAAGUAUGGCGUCCUUCAGUUUGAUGGUUGA